AUGUCUGCUCUCAUCCGAGAUGCUCCCUUUGGGCAGAUAGUCCGGUACAUCACCAACAACCGUGUCUUCCCAUACCCAGAAGAGCGAUCAGACUUUCAAAUACCCGCCGCAUACACCCACCAUGCAGGUUCAGAUGUAACGCGACUCGACAGCGAGACGAGCUCCGCAUCUGCUACUAACUCACAAGGCCCAGCAGUGGAAGAGGCCGUCUAUCCUGACCCGGAUUCUGUGCUUGAGAAGCUCGACACACAAAGCGAGGAUGAGAACAGCCCAAACCUGGAGAAGCUCCAGACGAUCCGCACAGAGCACACAGCACGCACACAAAUCUCUCGUGUCGGCACACGGACAGCACUGUCCAGGUCGAUCUCCCGUGCCGACCUUGAGCAGCAAUUCUCACUCGCGUCAGUUGAACGUGGGCCCAGCAGACCAAUCGCACUAGAGAGGAGGGAAGACGGCAUAAUUCUAGUCGACUGGUACACAACGGACGAUCCCGAGAACCCGCAGAAUUGGCUGUUCGGAAAGAAGCUUGUGAUCCUUGUCCAAAUCCUCAUGUACACAAUGGGCGUCUACAUGGGCUCAGCAAUCUACUCACCCAGCAUCCCCGGCGUCGUGGAGCGCUUCGGUGUCGAGAUGGGAGCUGCAUCGCUCGGCCUGUCCAUGUACGUGUUGGCCUACGGCAUCGGUCCUCUUCUCUUCUCGCCUCUGAGCGAGAUCCCAAUCAUCGGACGCAACCCGCCGUACAUCAUCUCGUACGCCAUCUUCGUCAUUCUCCUCGUCCCCACCGCACUGGUCGAUAACUUGGCCGGCCUGGUCGUCCUCAGGUUCCUGCAGGGUUUCUUCGGAAGCCCAUGUCUAGCCACCGGAGGCGCCACGCUGCAGGACAUCUACUCGCUCCUGCAGCUACCCUACGUGCUCUCGCUGUGGGCUUUCGCAGCAACCUGCGGACCAGCGCUCGGCCCCAUCAUAUCGGGCUUCAGCGUAGCCGCCAAGAACUGGCGCUGGAGCCUGUGGGAGAUGCUAUGGAUGAACGGUCCCAUCUUCCUCUCGCUCUUCUUCCUCCUCCCCGAAACCUCGUCAGCCAACAUCCUGCUCCGCCGCGCCCAGCGCCUGCGCAAACUCACAGGCAACCCGGCACUCAAGUCGCAGAGCGAAAUCGACCAAGCCUCGCUCACGCCGCGCGCCAUCGCCACCGAAGCCCUCUGGCGGCCGUUUGAACUCAUGCUGCUGGACCCCAGCAUCGCCUUCACCGCCGUGUACACAGCCAUCGUAUACGGCAUCUUCUACUCCUUCUUCGAAGCCUUCCCGCUGGUGUACACGCUGCAGUACGGGUUCAAUCUAGGCGAGACAGGGCUGACGUUCCUGAGCGUGACCGUGGCCGUCACGCUGUCCGUGGCCUGGUACUGGUGGUACAUCUACAGCCGCGUCAACCCUUCGAUCGUGCUGCACGGCCUCGGCGCCCCAGAGCGCCGGCUGCGACCUGCGCUGUUCGUCACGUUCUUCGUCCCGGUCGGCCUGCUGGUGUUUGCGUGGACGAGCCGGGCGGAUGUUCAUUGGGUCGUGUCGUGUAUCGGUAUCGGUAUCACCACCAUCGGCAUCUUCCUCAUCAUCCAGUGCGUGUUUCUCUACCUCCCGCUGUCGUAUCCGCAGUACGCGGCUAGUUUGUUCGCAGGGAAUGAUUUCUUGAGGAGUGCGUUGGCUGCGGGUAGUAUUCAUUUCAGCACGCCUAUGUUUCACAACUUGGGCGUCGAUAGGGGGGUUACGCUGCUGGCUGGGCUGACGGUGGGUUGCAGUGCGGGUGUGUAUGUGUUGUAUUUCCAUGGCGAGAGGUUGAGGGCCAGGUCGAGGUUUGCCGCCAAGUAG